AGCUCCUAAUAUCUCCAGUACGUACCCACUAAUUCGGACGGUGCAGUUCCAGUGGAUGGGGAUGCAGCAGGAGUGGAUUGGAUGGAGUGAGGCGGGAACGACUGCAGCUCCAGCUCCAGCAGCUUAUUAAUCUCCACUAACUGGCUUAGUGUCAAAAGGCUGAUAGAAUCAGCUGCCGGUGGUGGAUGCUGCUCAAGUGAGGCUUUGAUCGCAGCAAGGUUCUGAAAGUGAUUCAUACCUAUUGCAGGGCAGGGUGACAUCAAUGUGGGGAAUAGCAGGAUAACGGACAAGGAAACUACUUGUGCGGACAGCAGCUGAGCAAGCCCCUGCAUCCCGAACGUUAAGCUGGGGGAUCUGCAGCUCAAUCAGUUUAACUGUGGAAAGCAGAGCAGAAGGAGAAAUAUCGGCAGCGGCGAAAUGGCAGGGCAGGGAAAUGAAGACUUUGAUGUGGACAACGUGUCGGACACCGCCCGCAUGCUCAACCAUGUCCACCCGCCACCCUACAGCAUCGAUGACCAGCCCUGGACUCUGGAGGCACGCAGCAUGUGUGAGUGCUGGGGCUGGGCACUGCUGGUCACUGCCUUUAACUUUGCACUGUUCCUCCUGAACCUCGCCCUCAUGGGCACGGUGUUUUGCAUCGUGCUGCUGCCCACUAUCGUGGUGGUGUACUUUGGCUUUCAGUGCCACUCCAGGGUUAUACAUUCGGAUGCAUACUACUGUAAAACUGUCCUGGAUGAUAACAGCUCCUCUGCACUCAUCAUUCUUGGCUUUGUCCUUAUGUCUCCACUUAUUGUGAUUGCCAUGGUGACCUACUGCGGAGUGGCACGUCGUCUGCGCCUCUUCUUGUGCUUUGCUCCCUACUCCCGAGCAGUCUACAAGGGGAUGAAGUGGACUGGGUAUGGCAACCCCAGCUUCUGCUGCUGCAGUGGAAAGGAGUGGGACAGCAGUUUGAAGGCUUGGGUCUGAUAGUGUUUUAAAUGAAUGUAUCACGGGCUGCAACUGCUUUCUAUAAUAGUCUUGUGUUCUGUCCUCUGUCUCUUGCAUUGUGAAGUAAUUUACAGUAACAUUUUAAUAUAUAAACUCCAAAGUUAUUGCUAGAAAUCUGCACCAGGACUCUUCUUUAAAGGAAGAGACAGAUUAAUAUUUUGGGGGGAUUAUUUUCUUAAUUCUAGUGUAUGAAAUAGGAAUAUAUUUACUCCAAUCUCCUUGAAUGGGAUUAGUAACUUUAUGCAUUUUGAAUUAUCUUUGCUGCUUUGCCUUUCUCUAUUCUAUUGGAUGGGUUGCAUGUCCAUUUGCCUUUAUCACAGUAAUAAAGUAAUGAAACCUUCCCAACUCUGGUGGUGCUACAGUACUCCUUGUAGUGAGAGACUUUGAUUACAGUGUGCCAUGACUAUGUAGACAGCUUAAAAAAUGUCCAUGCUAUUGAGGGAGUACAGCGUAGGUUAAUUCCCGGGAUGGCGUGACUGUCAUGUGCUGAGAGAAUGGAGCGGCUGAGCUUGUACACUCUGAAGUUUAGAAGGAUGAGAGGGCAUCUUAUUGAAACAUAUAAGAUUGUUAAGGGUUAGGAAACAUGUUCCCGAUGUUGGGGGAGUCCAGAUCCAGGGGCCACAGUUUAAAAAUAAGGGGUAAGCCAUUUAGAACGGAGACGAGGAAACACUUUUUCUCACAGAGAGGCGUGAGUCUGUUGAAUUCUCUGCCUCAGAGGGCGGUGGAGGCCGGUUCUCUGGAUACUUUCAAGAUAGGGCUAGAUAGGGUUCUUAAAGAUAGCGGAGUCAGGGGAUAUGGGGAGAAGGCAGGAACGGGGUACUGAUUGGGGAUGAUCAGCCAUGAUCACAUUGAAUGGCGGUGCUGGCUCGAAGGGCUGAAUGGCCAACUCCUGCACCUAUUGUCUAUUGUCUAACACAUUAUAGAUGUUGCAUAUAGAUAUGUCUCAUGCAGGUACAGAGUGCCAGCAUUAUCCCACAGCUAAAUGUGGACAAAGGAAAUUACAAUGGAAAUAUAAAAAUAAGGAGGAAUGGAACAUCUGAACAUCGUGGUCCAGUUUUCCAGCUGCCAUUUCAUCACACUGCAUCUACACACGCCAUAUACAGCAACAUGGGCAAUAGAGCUCAUCAUGAGGAUUAGAUGCUGAGAUUUUUUAAGGCAGUGAUCGAUAGAUUCUUGAUUAGUACAGGUGUCAGGGGUUAUGGGACGAGGCAGGAGAAUGGGGUUGAGAGGGAGAGAUAGGUCAGUCAUGAUUGAAUGGCAGAGUGGACUUGAUGGGUCGAAUGGCCUCAUUCUGCUCCUAGAACUUAUGGAAUUAUGAACUUAGAAACUCUUUAGAUGAAGGAGUAAAGGAAAACAAAAGCAAAAACACGCAACGAACUAGGCAUUUCCAGCUUUAUUUGUCCAGCUUCUUAAUCCACACUCACAAUUUCUUCGUCCUAAUGAGCUGGCCUUGACUCUACCCAGCACAUCAAUUUAUCAUCCUGAAUUCAGCAUUCUCAGAGCUCCAAUACGUGCUUUUGUUUUGCUUUUGCAGUACCCAGAAUUGUACUAAAGCAGCAGCACAACUGAACGCAUUUUUUUAAAAUUCUGCCAGAACUGUUCCAUUCGCUGUUUACAAGAUUGCCAAAGGGGGGAAUGCUCUGGCAAACAUUUCCUGCAUUUAUUGUAAAGGGAAAUAAUCAGAUACAAAGAGAAUGACCCUGCACACUAUAAUCUGGGCCAAUGACCUCAAUAACAAUAUUAAAGUUUAGAGCCUGCUUUUAAACCAGCACACGUACCAGGACAGAUAGAGUCAUAGAGUCUUAAAGCAUGGAAACAGGCCCUUCGGCCCAGCUUGUCCACACUGGCCAACAUGUCCCAUCUACACUAGUCCCAACUGCCUGAAUUUAGAGGCCCAUAUUCCUCUCAACCUGUCCUAUCCAAAUACCUGUCUAAAUGUGCAGCACACCUGUGCAGCCAUCACCUCAUUUACUGCCUGGCGGCUGAAGAGAAGGAGACACAUUUUGAGGAGCAAAUGACUAAAAAUAAUUAAUUUUUGUGAUGAAAGAUUACUAUCUUCAAUUUUUUUGGGUGCAGAUUAUUUUAAAAUAAGUAUUUUUAAACCCAGUGUGUAAACGCUGUUUCCAAUUCACAGCCUGUACAUGCGUGGGUGAACCAUGGUAAAGAUACAUUACGGGGGGG